AUGGAAACAAGCAACAGAAGCUGUCAUUUAGGUGGGCGAUUUUACAACGAAACCUGCUCCGUAUUAACGGAAACCGCCAUCGAAAACCAAGAGCAUCUGUGUAACUUGCCUCUGAUUCUCUUUUUUUUCCGUUCUCUGCUUAGUCGAACAUUGGCGCCGGAAAGUUUCAGCUUCAGACACCGCAGCAAAAGCAAAGGCGUCUUCAAACGUACAACUGGUGGGUCGCCGACCGAAACUGCUAGAGGGACUUUACACUUCCCACACGACGACGGCCACACGAGCAGCCUUGAUCGUUUCGCUGAAGUUUUCUCUGUGGGAGGCAAGAGAUCAAAAUACCGAAAGUAUGUAGAGAGCAUCGCCUGCGGCGUCGAGUCAACAAGGGAAGCCUUUCCUUGCAGGAAUCAGCUCGAGCAAUUGUGA